AUGAGAUCUACAUCGUUCAUAACAUCGUUAGCUAUCAUAGCCUCCAUGGCUUCCGCAGAAACCUUGAGCACCAUACUGUCUACCAUCACAUGUUCUGCUUCUACUUGUGCUGCCUCAUCAGUCGCUCCAUCGCAAUUCUUCUACUCCAACUCCUCCAUACCUGCUUCCUCAUCAACAAAGCAUAAGACUACCAUCUACGAAUACGACACGACCGCUGUCGAUUCCACUUUCAAGGUUACCAAGACUGUCUGUGACGAAAACUCCUCAUGCUACACAACUACUGAUGUUGAGAGUCUUGCUACUCUCACUACCACUGUUGAUGGUGUCUUGACUGUCUUGACUACCCCAGUUCCAGUCUCAUCAGUUGACCCUGCUUACGCUACUACAACUUCAUUAGUUCCAGCCUCCACAAUCCUCGAUGUUGUGACUGACAACUCUGUCAUUUACCUCACCACCACUCACUGUUCUAAUGACGUUUGUACGACUUCCGUGGAAACUGAUGUCUUGACUACUUACACCACUACUGUCGAUGAUGUUGAAACCAUCAUCACUACCUACUGUCCUCUUACUGCAACUACUCCAACUACUGUCGCUCCAGAUGUAACCACAACUGCUCCAGUAACUGAUGCUACCGUUACCGAAGCCUCAACCACCGUUAUUACCAUUACUUCUUGUAGUGACCAUAAGUGUACUACUGAAGCUGUUACCACCGGUCUCACAGUUGUUACUUACACCACCAACGAUGUUGUCACUGAGUACACCACUUACUGCCCAUUGUCAAGCACUGUUGCUCCAGAAGAAACCACCAGUACCACACCUGCCCCAGAAACUGACUCCACCGUCACUGCUACUGAAGCAUCUACCACUGUCGUUACCAUUACUUCAUGUAGUGACAACAAGUGUUCUACCUCUGCUGUCACCACCGGUCUUACCGUAGUUACUUACACUACCAAUGAUGUCGUCACUGAGUACACCACUUACUGCCCAUUGACCUCAGAAUCCACCACUGCUGAAGAAACUACUUCUACUUCCACCACUAGUGCAGUUAAAACCUCUGCUGAAGAAACCACUAUUGACGUCAUCACUGACGAUAUUCAAACUGUCACUCCAGCUACCUCUUCCGUUGCUACUACCCAGACUACUUCCGUUAUCUCCCUGUCUUCCUCCACUGUUGCCACACCUUCGAUUACUUCUUACAAUGGUGGUAACAAUGUCAAAUAUGCUGGAUUCUUGGGAUUAAUGGUUCCAUUUUUCUUAGCUUUAGUUUAA